AUGCCGAGCAUUUUCUCGAGGUCCAGGUCGACCCCAACGCCACAGAAGAAUCUUCGACUCGACACUACUGACGAAUUCGGGCGAGUGUCGUCGAGGUCGUCACAGCUGCCAUUGCCACCGCCAGACGGAUUUCUACCAUUCACGCUCGACAGACCGCGCGAUGCCACGGAGAUCGAUUAUGGGUACCUCGCGUACGAGAGGCACGUCGUACUUGGCCUUGAGCAGGUCUCGCACCUUGUCGACGUCGUCAGCGAGGAACUGGGCACCCGUGGGGGCAUAACGACGCCCUUUAUCUUCUCUUCCAUGGCACUCGACCUUUCCUCAACGUCCACCAAACGACUUAUACGAACAUUUAUUGACGCCUGCGUCGACCCAGACACAAAACAACGUCGUUUUCGGGAAGAGGCUCGAUUUGCGGGGCCGCAUGAGCUAGGAAUGCUGUUGCGAUGGGGGCUCGGUCGGCUGGUGCGGAUCGCGGAUGGACAGGAGGAGCGCGGUAUCAUUUCCUGGGACCAUUACACCGAUUUCCGAGAUUCAGAGCUAGCAGCCAAUUUCCCACCCACCCAUUUCUCGACGUUCUUACCGCCAUUACCUGCCCAUUUGCGUUCCAUAGUUAUCACCGUGCUCAGCGUCCUCACCCGCUUGACGGCGAACUCCUCGUCGUCGGGGCAUACACCACCGACGCUUUCACCGCUGUUCGGGCCCCUCUUCUUCGGUCUGGGCCCGCCGGCACUCCCCUUCCACCACACCUAUAUCUAUUACCUACGCGCUACCAAUGCGAUGGAACACAUAAUUCUCUCCUUCAUUCGCUUCCAGGAUAGUCCACGUUCGUCAUCUGCGUCCAUGGGUGUCCCUACGCGGCUCAAGGAGUGGAUAAAGGGAUACCCAAUUAUGCUUGCCGACCAAUCGUUAAGACCACAACCACGCAAAGGCGCUCGUACGUCGCGCGUCCUCAGUGUCCGCCGUAACGUGCGAGCCUAUACGAAGGAUCUCGUCAAGUCUGCAUCGACAUGGGAGUGUAAUCUGGGGAAAAUCGUCGGCAAAGCACCCGUCAAGUACUCCGAUGGCUAUAGGAAACGCAUGAACAUGCCCUCGCAGUUUGAAGCAGGAGAAGAGGACGGAGAGAGGUUCCGCAGCCUGACCGAUCUCAAGUGGGGAGAAUUCGAGUCUCUGGGAUUUGGCGGCUUGGGUCAAGAAAAGCUGCAGUUUGAUUUGAACGAGAGCGCCAGGACGGAACGAAACAUCAAACGACAAACGCUCAGUUGGAAUGACUUCUCGUCAACGGGAUUCUCAAGGUCGGAUAUAACGCCUCUGAGCGCGACGUUGCAGUUUUCGCCUCCAAUGGCGGCCACCAUUUCUUCCUAUCAACCAGCCGAAUACGCCAAGAAGCUGAAGAAGGCAGCAAAGCACAUACCAGCGUUUGGAUGGGACACAGAACCUGUUGUAGGGCAGGAAGAAGUCAUUGAGGAGGCGUUUUUAGACGUCUUCUGCGACAUUCUCUGUGGCUGGGCUGGUGUAACAGAUAUGAAUGAGGCUGACAGAGAAUGCAACUGGGCCCUGAUCGAGUUCCAACCUGACGCUCUACUUCUAUUCGAAGAGUUUGUUCCCCUCGAAUAUCGGCAGCAAAUAGGCUCCUCGUCUUCUGGAUCCAGUCGACGCCGCCUUCCAUCGCUAUUCUUACCCACAUCGCCGUCGUCAAGGGUAAAGACCAAGUCGAAGAAGGACAAAACGGAGCGCUCCAAGCCCAAGGAGCUGAACCCCAAGACUUCGUUUAAGGAGGUCGAGUUCGAGGGCCUACUGAAGGGCGAUGGCAACCGGAAGACCAAAGUCAUCACUCUUGGAUCGAAGGAUAUGCAGACGCAUACGAUGAUCGGCUCUCCGAGUGAAGUCGAACCUCCUCCUCCCAUGUUGCAAUCGCUGAGUCACGAAUCGUCUGCUAGAAGUGACGACUCCUCCUUGACUGCGAGUACCAUCGGGGGCACCCCCUCAAAUAGGCGUCGGUUUCGAUUAGGCGGUUCAGGGACUCCGACCAAUGGUGGCUCUGUCAUGGGACGCAAGUCCCUUAUCGGUAGCCUUCCUCCUGCUGAGUACAGCAGUGUGGAUUUUGAGACGCGUCUGGCGAGUCUGGAUGGGGAGGAUGUAUAUGAGGAUUACCCACCUUUCGAUGGUAUGCCGAGGAAACGGGAGUUUGCAGACGAUGCGUGGGUGGAUAUCCUGGUCGGCACUCAAGAGCGACGUAUGGCUGGUCAGGAAUAUGGUGGACGGGGGAAAGGAAGGGGAGAGGAUGUCGACCUUGUUAGUCUCGAGGUGGAGAAGGCGCUUAAGGGUGUCAGGAAUCUGAGCCAGAGUCCAGAGAGCCAGCGAACGGAGAGAAUUCCCGUUCGAAAUGAAGAGGAAGAGUCUAUCGAAGUCGAGAGGGUUCCCUCGAGGCUUGCUAUGAACGACUAUGUCGAUGACCCUCGACAUCCACAGUACUAUGACGACUCGCUGGAUUACGAUGCGGAUGGCCCUUUGGUGACUGAGCAGUCGAUACAGUCGCUCCACUAUGAUCGGCAUGAAGACGAGGAAGACGAACGAGAUACGGUGGAGCAGGAGCAGGAGCAGGAGGAAGAGGAGAAAGAGGAACCGGAGCCCCGACCCGCACCACCCAAACGACCUGGAUACUUUGACCUUCACCCGGAACGACGGCCCGUCGCGCAACUCAAUGGCGACGGCGAGGACCCUCGAGCUAGGUUUGGCCACGAUAGCGAUUCAGAGGACGAACACUCGGGGCCGGGUAUCAGGCCGCUUCCUAGGGUUCCGCCCAUCAUCAACCUCGACGAGGAGCCGUCACCGUCGACUGCGCCGUUGAAGGUACCCAGCAAGACUGCCGCCCUGAUUGAGAUAUACCGAGAGCGGGAGCGGAACGGGGGGGCUUCGCAGGUUGCCCCGCCGAAGGCGCUGCCUACUCCCACCCCGAAGCUUGUUACGAUACCGGUGCCGGUGGAGGAGGAGGCGGUGGAAGAGUCGGAAGAAGAUGUAUCGCCACCCCCACGUGUGCCUGUGAUUGAUGAGGACCAGGGUCGUGCGAGUCCGGGGCGGUACGUGCAUGGAGCGCCACUGCAUAAUGUUUUGGAAGAAGAGGAGGAAGAGUAG